AUGCAACCGUCAUCUCAGCAUUCGCGGGUAAAUCUCACGGAGUUGAAAGUUCAGAUAGUGAAGAGAAUUGGGGCAGAUAAGUCGAAGUUGUACUUCUAUUAUUUGAAUAGAUUUUUGAGUCUGAAGCUGAGCAAGGUUGAGUUUAAUAAGCUCUGUGUUUCUGUUAUUGGGAAAGAUAAUGUCCUGUUACAUAAUCAAUUUAUACGUUCGAUUUUGAAAAAUGCUUGUAAUGCCACUGUCCCGCCGCCGCUGCCAAGUCCUGAUAAGGAGGUUCCUACAUCUGCAAGUGAUUGGUCCUAUUCUUAUCCGAAUAGGAAGGCAGAUUUUUCUUCUCAUCAGUCAACCAUUACAGAUGAUAAUAUAGCCUCAGAAGAUGGAAUACAGAAGCUGGUGGAGCAUCAUCAAGAAGGGGAAGUUUCCCUUCAGCGUCCUGCAAAAUUAUCACAAAUAAAGCAGUCAACUGAUGGUUUGGUAUCUGUACAUAGUGAAGAACAGAGUGAAAUAUCUGAGAUAUCUACUCCACUUCAGGCACCGCUUGGAAUUCCAUUUUGCAUGGUGAGUGCAGGUGGUUCCCGUGGGCCUUUGACUUUAGCAAGCAAUGACAGAUGUGCUAGCUCGUAUGAUAGUGGUGGAUUGCUGGAUACACAGACACUGAGAGAACAAAUGCAGCAGAUUGCAGCAGCGCAUGGCCUUGAUGGUGUAUCAAUGGACUCUGCCAAUUUGCUGAACAGCAGCUUGGAUGCUUACUUAAAAAGGUUGAUCAAGUCCUGCAUUGAACUCAUUAAUAGAAGGCGUGGAUGUGAUUUGACAAAAAAUAAUUUCCAGGAGAACCGUUCUGUGGGGAAGCUUGUUAAUGGCUUUCUUCCAGGCCAUCGUUUUCAGGUGCAAAGUGGCAAUAGGAUUUUAGGUGGAAUGCAAGAACAGAGAUCCCACUUCCUGAUAUCUUUACUGGAUUUGAAAGUUGCAAUGGAGCUUAACCCACAGCAGCUUGGAGAAGACUGGCCCUUGCUGCUGGAGAAAAUAUGCACGCACCCAUCAGAAGAAUAA